UUCCAUACUUAAUCAUGGUAUAUCUGGCUUUCUCACUAAUAACUUAUGAUAGAAAGAAAACUUCAAAUAAACUGCUAUUAAAGAAAAUGAAACAUAAAUAUUUCGCCAAAGUGAAUUGAGAUCAGAUAUCUAAACUCAAUAAAAAUUUCAUAAUCUCUGCUGACCUCGCAGACCAUCAAUUAUUAAAAGUUAUUGAAGCAGAUUCAAGAAAUCCCAAUCUGGAUUCAAUCCAAAGAGUUGACCUAAAGUGUUCGAGGCUCAACUCUGAUAUAUUAAAGCUGGACAGGACAUUUUCAUCAAUGCUGAAGAAGCCUAGGAGAGUAUUAAAGCAGAAAAGCCAUGAUAAUAUUAAUGUCUAA